UGUUUGACUUGUGACCGUCAAAACGAGUCAUCGAGGGCCUCGUGGUCGCGGCCUUCGGGCGAGGCGGCUGUGGGGUAUAUAGGGCGGUGGCCGCUGACGGCGUCAUGCUCCCCUUCAACAGCUCGCCAUGAAGACCUGGGUUCUCGUCGCCGCCCUCGUGGCCGUCCUUGUUUCCGUGGCUAGUGCCAUGCCCCAGCCGGAGGCUGAGCCAGGCUUCCGCGGCGGCUUUGGCCAUGGCGGCUUUGGCGGCGGCUUUGGCGGCUUCGGCGGCUACGGAGGAUACCGCGGCAAGAGGAGCGCCGAGGCUGACCCUGAGCCAGGGUUCCGAGGCGGCUUUGGCCAUGGCGGCUUCGGCGGCGGCUUUGGUGGCGGCAUCGGCGGCUUCGGGGGCUACGGAGGAUACCGCGGCAAAAGAAGCGCCGAGGCUGAUCCUGAGCCAGGCUUCCGUGGCGGCUUUGGCCAUGGCGGUUUCAGUGGCGGCUUUGGCGGCGGCUUUGGCGGCUUCGGCGGCUACGGAGGAUACCGCGGCAAGAGGAGCGCCGAGGCUGACCCUGAGCCAGGGUUCGGAGGCGGUUUCGGCCAUGGCGGCUUCGGUGGCGGCUUUGGAGGUGGAUUUGGCGGCUUCGGCGGCUACGGAGGAUACCGCGGCAAGAGGAGCGCCGAGGCUGAACCUAAGCCAGGCUUCCAUGGUGGCUUUGGAGGCGGCUAUGGUGGUUUUGAAGGUUUUGGUUAUGGCAAAUGAAAGAGACAGCUAGACGUGUCCUAAUGUUAAAGUGUUUAAUAUUGGCUUAAACUUUCCUUGAUCAUAUCAGUACUACUUUCUCCGUCUGUGUGUGUGUGUGUGUGUGUGUGUGUGUGUGUGUGUGUGUGUGUGUGUGUGUGUGUGUGUGUGUGUGUGUGUGUGUGUGUGUGCGUGCGUGCGUGCGUGCGUGUGCAUGUGUCAGAUCCUUCGUUUCUCUCCAUAUAAAAAUUCAUAAAUUUCAUAUUUUUGUCCAAAACGAAAAAAAAAAAAAAACUGAUUGAAUCCAGAAAUAAAUCAAAGCUAUUA